GACUAAUGUGUAGUUCUUGUGACUCGCUGAGAGCAGACUGAUCACCUGCGGGAGCGAGAACGCCAAGGCGUGUUCAGCGGCAGGCAAGACCAGCGUUUGGACCAGCUAGCAAUCGGGGUCAUGCCCAGUGAGAACCGCCGGGGUAUCUCACAACUCGGGGACUGCGACGGCAGUCCAUUGUCCCAGCAACCCGCAACUCGCGUAUUCCUCCAGCAGUGAAGCAGCGUCCUCGCCUGGCCAGCUAGGUUAUGUCUAUGCCUAGCCUGGUUUAACACAGGUGGCCAGAGUGCAUGCGCAACCCAGUAACAGCGGCUGCUUCCCUCAUCUCGCAGCUACCCAUUGCUGCGGGCGGGCAGUGGCUGGUCAUCGGCGGCUGGGGGUGGAGCGACCACUGGGGGGAGACCGAUGUGCUUGGGCUGCUUGGCGCCCUGCAGCGCCACUGCAUCCAACGGCGCUGGCCGGCGCCCGCCUACGUGCUGCUGGCGCCCCCCACCACUGUCGAGCAUCAGCAGGGCUUGGGUUUCCCAUUCGGCAUUCCGGUGCCGUUUGACCUGGUACAGACCGGCGUCGGCGUGCAUCACGCAUGCAGCCUCUACACCAACCUGGCCACCGCAGAGCACCUCACCGCCGUGUUCCGCGAGAUGCGGCCCCUGCCCCAGCGACGCCUACCCCAGCUCGUGGCGCCCGGCGUGCGGCUGCCUGUUGCCGCUCAAGUCGAGCCGCUGCCGCACGUCCCGGUCCAUGCACCGGGUCAGCGGCUUGCAGCCCUCCCCGCCGGCGCCACCUGCAUCCCCGCGGACGCCAAUGCGCCGGCCCAACCGCUAUCGCCGCGUGACUGGGAAGAGCUCCUGGGGCACGUGCCGGGAGCAUCCUCCGGCCUGCCGCCCAGCGCAGCGCUCGCCGCGCUGCGCUCAGCCCCGCCGCCGCUGGCCCUCAGCGCCGUCCUAGCAGCCGCCGUCGUCUUGCAGCGCCACUACCUCACGCCUCACGACACACACACGCCGCCGCCCCAAGUGCUGGCACCUGCAGACGCAGGACCGGUACUGCCGCUGGGGGGGAGUGACGACGCAGAGGACACGGAGCUGGCGCGAAUACUGACGCAGGACGUGGUGUGGGGUCCGGAGACGUGGGGCCCGGAGCAGCAGCUGGCGCUCGACACAGUUAAGGCGGAGUUUGCGCGCGAGGGCCUGAUCCUGCGCGCUUACGACCCCUCUCGGCCGCUCAUCCUGCACACGGACUGGUGUGAGGACGGCGUCAGUGGCGUGCUAGGGCAGCUGGAUGACGACGCGCGGGAGUACAUGGUCGCCUGUGUUAGCCGCACCUGCAACGUGCAUGAGCGGCGCUACGGCAGCUACAAGGGCGAGCUGCUGGCGGCGGUUUGGGCCAUUCAGACCUUGCGCCCCUACCUGCACGCCACGCCGUUCACGCUGGUGACAGACCAUGCGCCCCUGGAGUGGCUGAUGUCACAGCCGGAGCUAACCGGACAGGCUGCGCGCUGGGCGAUGAUACUGCAGCAGUACAGCUUCUCGGUCGGGACUGCUCAACCAGAACUCGUGGCAGUCACCACUCUGGCGCGGGCAGGCAUGCGCACGGUGCUGCCGCCCUUCGCUGCCGCACUGUGCAGCGCCACCACAACGCCUGCCGUGCUGCUGCUGCACCCGGCGCAGCCCUGGGCGCCUGCGUCACGCCUGCAGUUCGCGUGUUUGCAGGCCACGCUCACGCCGGCAGGCGACACCACGGUACCCAGCCCCGGUGAGCUCCUGCACGACGAGGACGACGAACACGCAUUGCGCACGGCAGCGCUCAUAGUCGUCCAGCAGUCGCGCGCCCUCCGCGCACUCAGUCCUGCGCCGCGCCUGCGGCUGCGUACAUCAGCGCUGCACGGCAGCGUGGUGGGAGUCAGCACCUUCCUGCGGCAACAUGCGCUCAUCUUUGCCGCGGAAACAGAUGCAAUCUCGGUGCUGGAGGUCCCGGGAGGGUUGGCACCUGGCCUGCAGGCGUGCCUGCGGCUAGGCUGGCGCAUCCGGCGCUACUGCAACCUCGACAGCAGUGGAACGGUGCGGGAGGCACUCAGCGGGCUGCUACCGCACCUUGCACGGCUACACCCGGACCUGCUGCCGCCGCCGACGCCGGCAGCGCCCGCACGGGAGGACCAGCCACGCGGCAGUGCAACGCCCGCCAUUAAUGGCGGGACAGAAGCAAGCCCUGGUCAGCAAGUCCUGCACACUCGUGGGCAGUGGGCAAAGUAGGGGGAGGAGCACGUAGCUGGGGAAGCCCCUGCGUGAAGCAGAAGGACUGAAGAGUGAAGAAGCGCCGUCCGGCAGACUGUGUAGGCACAGGUCGGCAUGGGCAGAGCA